UCGUAUAACUAAAACAUAGGACUAACUUUGAUAUAAACUAUAAUCUAAGGACUAAAACGAAGCUACCCCCUCCAUAAAACCCCUCUUAUUCCUCAGAUCACACUUCCAUCUGCCAGUUACUGUCCAUUUGAUACUGAUAACGAUGGAGGACAGACGCCACCGCUACAUUCCGGCCUUCGGCGACUGGGACAACUCCGACGAUCUGCCCAUCACCCAGUACUUCGAAUCAGCAAUGCAGGCCGGUCUACUCCGAGGGCACUUCCAUGGCGAAGCUCCAGCUUAUGAUGAUCUCUUCAAAUCUUCUCACAGCAUAAAGCAGCAGCAGGAGGAGCAGGCCCAGAUCAUCAAAAAGGUGAAGAUCGGAGACCUGAAGCAGCAGCAGCGGCAGAGAGGGCAAGAGAGGAGUCAGGGGAAGAAGGUUUAUGAUGCUGGGAGAGCUCAAACGAGGCCCGGAAGAGCUCCAAUGGCAGUGGAUGAAGAUUUGUACAAGAUCCCUCCUGAGCUCCUACAGGAGAAGCCGAGAAGGAAGAGGAUGCUGAAGAGCCUGUGGACGAGUUGCCUGCGAUUGAACUGCAGUGCAUGAGAAGGGGCAUUGCUGAACCUCUUUUACGCCUGUUUUCCUCUGCUCUUCUGUCUUUCACCAGAAUGUAAAGCCAAGCGAAAGAAAGAUGGUGAGACAAAAUUGAGUUACUUUCUGAGAAGCCAAAUUAAAGCAGGUGAGUGUGUGUGUGUGUGUAAGUGUAUGUGUUCAUUAAUUGCAUGAUCAGUGGCAAUCUAAAGUCCUUUUUCAGCUUA